CAAACAUUAAAAAUAAAUAUAAAUUAAGACUAAUUAAAAUUGAGCGCAUCAGGAAAGGGGAUUUUUAAAAUAGAAACAUCGUUUUGUUAAAGAACGGAGUGAAUAGUCAUGCAUGAUGUGAAACGGUCAUGGGUGAGACUAAAACGAUCAAAAUGUGCUUAUUUAGUACUCGCAAUUAUAGGGAUCAUCAUCGGCAAACUAAUAAUCAGUUAUUUUCGGUUCAACAAAUCUUCACGCUAUAAUGUGGAACCAUUAAAUGUAUCUGAUCAGUUUAUUUGGGAAAAUAUCGGCAAACUCGCAACUGAUGAAAGGGCACAACUAAAGAAAGUCACAUCAGAUAAAUAUAUACAAGGACACGUAGGAUUACAUGUCCCAUCAACUGGUAUCACAUGCAAUGGUAUAUCAUCGCCUAGUCAUUGGGAUGACGAAUCCAGGACAUUCCAGAAUGUCUCGGACAGGCCUAUCUAUGUGUUUUCUGCGUUUCUGGACCACGCUUUGAAUAAUUUCAAUAGCUCUGUCGUUCGUGUUGUUGCUGCAGGUCAGCAACGAAUGUUUCACAAUAUUGGACCUAUACAUUGUAUCCUGUGGUAUGAUGAUAAGGCUACUUUUGGCGUUCCAACUGGAGAAGCCAACUAUGAAGUAGUUUAUAAAAGUAUUGGAGAGAGAGACAUGUAUACCGUUCACUUCAUUAACUGCCCUAUUAAGAGGAGAUCAAUGUCAAAACAUCCAUUCGCUGUAUCAGUGGUGCCGUCUCCAUGCCAACAACCUGAUAACUAUCUCACUGUCCUCAACGUACCCGAUGAUCGAGGUUAUCAGGAGCGAGAGGACUUCGGAGUAUGUGUCUCUCCUCUUUACAACCACGUCAAUGACAUUGUCCCGAUGCUAGAGUUUAUCGAGAUCCACAAAGCCCUCGGUGCGACCCGUAUCACAUUUUACGAUAUGGGUCAAGUAUCCAUGGGAGAACACGUCCGUGAGUUGAUGGACCACUACGUUUCACUUGGAAUAGUAGAGCUUGUCCCGUGGGUGUACCCGCGUUCGCUGGAUGUCAGUUACUUUAUGCAAAGGGUUGCCCUAAAUGACUGUCUAUAUCGCAACAAACUGCAAGUCAAAUACCUUGCAGUCAACGAUCUGGACGAGUUCAUGGUCUCUCGCACUAGCGACUAUAACUGGAAGUUCCUAUUGAAUACCAUUGAAAAGCAAGAUCAUAAAACACCAAAAGAAAACAUAGGUGCAUAUUUGUUCCAGCAUGUCUAUUUUGGUAGAAACCGUGCUGUCCAAAGUAAAGAACCAUUUUUCAUGACCCAGACUUCCUUCAAAAGACCGUCUGAACCCUUGCCACCUGGUAAAAUUAGAUGUAAAGCAAUGUACAAGGUAGAAGCUGCCUACAGCAUUGAUAUUCACUUUCCAUACAAACUAUGGGCAGGAUACACUGAGCGUAUCAUUGACCCGAAACUUGCUCUUCUUCACCAUUACCGCAUUGGACCUAUGAACUUUCCCUCGGCAAAGGGGAAACAUAUUGAUAUAGUUGAGGAUAAGACUAUGACAGCAUUUGCGAAUAAGAUAAAGAGUGCGUUUGAUGAUUAUAAACAAUCUAAUUGAAAUUAAUGCUUUAGCUACUAUAGUGGAAUAUGUAGUCUUGCAUCAAGACUAUCAUACUCACGUUAUAAGUAAACUAUGUUCAGAGAAACAAGGAGGGGAUAGAAUCAAUAGUCUUGCAUCAAGACGACUUUCAUGUUCACCUUAUAAAUAAGCUGUUUGGGGAAAUAAGCAGGAGGAUAAAACCAGUAGUCUUGUAUCAAAACUAUUAUACUCACCCUAUAACUAAGCUGUCAAGGAAAAUAGAGAGGUGGACACCGUAGGAUUUUUCAGUAUCCUUGUGUUAAUUGAUUUGCGAGGUAACUGAUGCUGGCUGAUUUUUAUAUUAUACAAUUUUUAUAUCUAUUCAAAUCGAAUACCCACCUUAAGCUGAUCAGGGACACAAGAAGGGGAUAUAAUCAAUAGUCUUGCAUCAAGACGACUUUUAUGCUUACCUUAUGAAUAAGCUGUUUAGGGAAAUAGGGAGGAGGAUAGAAUCAGUAGUCUUGUAUCAAAACUAUUAUACUCACCCUAUAACUAAGCUGUUAAGAAAAAUAGAGAGGGGGACAGAGGCUCAGUAGGAUUUUUCAGUAUCCUUGUGUUAAUUGAUUUGCGAGAUAACUGAUGCUGGCUUAUUUUAUAUUAUAC